AUAAUUAUCGAACAUGGCUCAAGUCCCCCCAACAACAUCUAAACAAACCUUUUUUUCCCCUCACCUCCGUGUAUUUAUAUGAUGAAGCGCCCGGGCGUGAGCCAGUGGCGGUGGUAGUAGUACAAUCCACAGCUCAGCAUUGCCUCCCAUGGCCGCCUCCUCCUCAUCCAGUUGUCACAGAGUUCACUUCACCGUAGCCGUCGCCGUCCUCGGCAUUGCGCUCCUCUUGGCCGGCAAUGCCGGCGGCGUGGAAGCGUACCCCGGAGGCGGCCGCGGUUACAGGUACCAGUUCUUGGCGCAGCAGAACGCGGCGCGCGCGUCGAUGGGCCUGCGGCCGCUGAUGUGGGACCAACGCGUGGCGGCGUACGCGCGGUCGUACGCCGAGUCCCGGCGCGGGGACUGCGCGCUGGUGCACUCGUCGGGGCCCUACGGGGAGAACCUCUUCUGGGGCAGCGGCACCGGGUGGGCGCCGGCGCAGGCCGUGGGCGCGUGGCUGUCGGAGCGGCCGCGGUACAACUACUGGAGCAACAGCUGCUAUGGCGGCAUGUGCGGGCACUACACGCAGAUCAUGUGGCGCAACACCCGCCGGGUGGGCUGCGCCAUGGUCACCUGCUACAACGGCAGGGGCACCUUCAUCACCUGCAACUACGACCCGCCCGGCAACUACGUCGGCGUGCGCCCAUACUGACCGGCCGCCGGCGAUCACCUGCCUCUUGCAUCCUGUCUUAAUUCGCCGGCCACUCUCCACACAGCUAGCUUGAUUGCCGGCCGGCCAGCACGGCGAUGCAGGCUGUCUUGCUGUCCCAUCAAUUCAUUAUUACAUCAAGAUGUUAUAAGUGUACAAAAUGCAUGAUUGGUACUACUUUGCUUCAUCCUUUUUUGCCUGCCAAGAUAUAUAUUGUGAGGUUAUUGGUAGGACCCGGGAAAUUGCAAUAAAGUUGAGCUAAUUCAGCAGCUAACUGCUUGUUCUGCACUUCUCUCCAGCAAAAAUGAGACCUUUUUUCCCUUCGUGGA